AUGCAGGUGCCGAACAGACCAAUGGGAGCUUAUGGAUACCCUAUGCGUAAUUACGCACCAGCGUCGCUGUACCCGCAGUACCAGGGAAGCCAGUGCACAUCGAUAACGAAGCCUCAGAGUGGGAAAUCGUUCACUAUUGAUGCUUUGCUCGCCAAGCCAGAGGAAAGCAGAAACUGCAGGGCCAGCCCCACUCAGUGCGGAGAGAAAUAUCACCCAGCUCUGCCCUUUAAUGGACACGUAGGCUUACCGAUGGCAGCAACACCUUACGCUUACUCUCCCAACAUGUUGCAAUCCGCGCUCCACUCACAGCCUGGAUAUUCAGUGUACUGCUACCCGCCUUUCACCUACCAGUCAUCGUGUCGGGGAGCAUUUUACGCACAAGCCUCUAUGUCCAAAGUGAAUGCAGGGCUUCACUUGUUCAAAACCAAAGGUGGGAAGUCUAAGCGCAUGCGCACCAGCUUCACCAGCGAGCAGCUCUCCCGGCUGGAGAAGGAGUUUGCCCGGCAGCAGUACAUGGUCGGAUCCGAGAGAUUCCUCCUGGCUUCGGCUCUACAGCUCACAGAAGCUCAGGUCAAAGUGUGGUUCCAGAACAGACGCAUCAAGUGGCGCAAACAGAGUCUGGAGCAGCAGCAGGCCAAGCUGGCCAAACUGGGCCUGGCAGCUCCGCCCAAAAGCCCCGGAUCUCAGGGCCACGGAGAUGAAGAGGAUGAGGAGUUCUCCGAGCUGGACGUGGUGUCUGAUGACUCCACUGACCACUGCUGA